AUGUCAACUGAGGUUUACGUUGGAAACCUCUCAUUCGAGAGUCUGCAACAAGACUUGGAGGAAAAGUUUCAGACGGUCGGCAACGUCGAAGAAGUGAGGAUGAUCAACAAGGAGGAUGGCCGGUUCAAGGGAUUUGCCUAUGUCAAGUUCAGUGACAACCAAGAGGGUGAACAGACCAGCCAGUCAGUCGCUCAGGCCGCGAUCGAACAGUUGAACGAUUCGGUUUUCAACGGACGCAGAAUGUUCGUCCAAGCGCUGCGAGAGAGAAGAGAGCGGCCGAGCUACGAGAACCGUGAACGUGGCGGUGGUGGUUUCGGACGAGGAUCUCAGCGUGAUGGCUACAGCCGAGGAGACCGCAGUGGAGGAUUCGGCCGAGGUGACCGCAGUGGAGGGUUCGACCGAGGCAACCGAGGUGGUUCGUAUGACCGGAAGGGCGGUUAUGACCGAAGCGAUGGCUACCGUAGCAACCGCGGCGGCAGCCGGGGAGGUUAUGGUCGCGAUGGUGGCCGCCGAAACAACGAUGGAGGAAACUACGACGACGCUAGCUUCUGA